AUUUGUUGAUCUUUGACAACACACAGAUGUCUCCUGCACUCUACGGGCUUCAAGGCAGUCAUCUCAGGAGCAGAAAGAAGAGAGCUCCCAAAUGCUGUCUAUUCAGGGGCUCCCAAGAGCAAUGGAAUAUCAUCCUGAUUUAGAAAAUUUGGAUGAAGAUGGAUAUACUCAAUUACACUUCGACUCUCGAAGCAAUACCAGGAUAGCUGUUGUUUCAGAGAAAGGAUCUUGUGCUGCAUCUCCUCCUUGGCGCCUCAUUGCUGUGAUUUUGGGAAUCCUAUGCCUGGUGAUACUGGUGAUAGCUGUGGUUCUGGGUACCAUGGCUAUUUGGAGACCCAAUUCAGGAAGCAACUCAUUGGAGAAUGGCUACUUUCCAUCAAGAAAUAAAGAGAACCACAGUCAACCCACACAAUCAUCUUUAGAAGAGAGUGUGACUCCUACCAAAGCUGUCAAAACCACAGGGCUUCUUUCCAGCCCUUGUCCUCCUAAUUGGAUUAUAUAUGAGAAGAGCUGUUACCUAUUCAGCCUGUCACUAAAUUCCUGGGAUGGAAGUAAAAGACAAUGCUCUCAAGUGGGCUCUAAUCUCAUAAAGAUAGACAGCUCAAAGGAAUUGAAUCUCACUCUGUUGCCCAAGCUGGAGUGCCAUGAAGCCUCGACAUCCCAGGCUCAAGGAUUUAUAGUAAAACAAGUGUCUUCCCAACCUGAUAAUUCAUUUUGGAUAGGCCUUUCUCGGCCCCAGACUGAGGCACCAUGGCUCUGGGAGGAUGGAUCAACAUUCUCUUCUAACCUAUUUCAGAUCAGAACCACAGCUACCCAAGAAAACCCAUCUCCAAAUUGUGUAUGGAUUCAUGUGUCAGUCAUUUAUGACCAACUGUGUAGUGUGCCUUCAUAUAGUAUUUGUGAGAAGAAGUUUUCAAUGUAAGGGGAAGGGUGGAGGAGGAGAGAGAAAUAUGUGAGCUAGUAAGGAGGACAGAAAACAGAACAGAGAAGAGUAACAGCUGAGGUCAAAAUAAAUGCAGAAAAUGUUUAGAGAGCUUGGCAAACUGUAAUCUUAACCAAGAAAUUGAAGGGAGAGGCUGUGAUUUCUGUAUUUGUUGACCUACAGGUAGGCCAGUGUUAUUGUUUUCCUUACUAAAUUCCUAGACAUGGAAUCAGGGCAGCUAAACUUGAAUUUUUUUUUUUUUUUUUUUUUUUUUUUUUUUUU